AUGGCACGCGGACGACGUCGUCAUGUAAAGAGCGAAGAUGAUGAGUCGGAGGAAGAGGUCCUGGAACCAAUGUCUCCGACUACACAGAAGGAGCAUGAUUUGAAAAAGAUUAUGCGAAUGGACUUGUCUGAGAAAGUCGCAGAUGCGAUCAAAACCAGCGACUAUGGAAACCGUUCUCGUCUCUUUACUGGACCCUCCAUUACUCCAGAGUGCAAUGUCGAGGGCACAGAAGCGGCCCGCGUCGCGAAAGAAAAUAAAGAGCCGACUACUAGAUGGCAGACAUUCGGACAGAGCGAUGAAGCCGUUGACGCCCUCUUUACCCAGAAACAAAUCGGUACUGGCAAUACUCAUCGGCACACGGUCGAAGAACUCAAGAGAGAAGAGGAGUCACGUCUCGGGCACAAACUUAGCCUCCAAGACACGUACAAUGAUCAUGGUGGCACUCGACGAGCUGGAAAGCGAGUCGCAUCUCUUCCAACUCGUCCUGCAGCAGCGCCUCUUGCUCCAUCAGGUGGCAGCGAGCAUCCAUUUUCUGCUGCGCCAAAGGAAUCAGCGUAUGCGAAACGUGGUAAAGCAGUCGAGGCCGCUCAACUCACUACGGCCAAGAUGUCCCUCAUGCCCAUGCCUGCACGUCCUCAAGUUGCUGUGACCACAGUUGAAUCCAAGCGACGCGGGGCCACUUUGCCGGUCAAGUCGCAUGGUUACACUCUGGUAGAAGAUCCAUCGGUGUUCAUGUCAUCUAUCAAGGGCAAAUUAGGAGGUUGGCCGCAGGACAAGCAGACAGAAGCCCUCGGGACGUCUAAUUCCGCUGCAAAUACAGCUCAAGCGACAUUAGCAGGCCCUUCUAUCGAACCGGCUGCUCAGUCCAAACAGACUUCUACUGAUCAUCUUCACGACUCUUCCAUUCGCCGAGUCCCGGUCGCUGAACUGUCUUUCCCGGUGGCGCAUGCUCUGGCUCCAGGCAAAGUGUCAACUCAUACAGACGGUGCACCGAGCCCUGCGGCUCUAUCUGGUUUCUCGACCUCAACCACGGACGGUGGAGAGUCUUCAAGUCGAAUUCAAGGCGUUACUAAUGAUUUGAUUGGCCUUGGUAUCCAGGAUGCUCCUUUGUCCGACACUCGUCACCUGCUAAAAGUGGAUAGCGGACGCGGUCUUGCUGCCACUGCUAGUCCACUAUCUCCCAGUGGGAGCAUUUUGGACUCACCUAUCCUCGAACAGGUCAGCAGCGAGGUCCUUCCCGCCGAAGCUGCUCAAGUUGUCGACAACACUCCAGCCGACGCUGCUCAAGUUGUCGACAACACUCCAGCCGACGCUGCUCAAGUUGUCGACACCACUCCAGCCGACGCUGCUAAAGUUGUCGACAUCGGCGGCCAUCGAUAUGUCCUGGAGUCGGAGGUAUUGAUUCUCAAGCAAGCGUUUGAAAACCUAUUGGGGAGUGCCACCACCGGCCUUGUCAGCAACUCUCUAGCUUCUGGACCUGCUCGCAAUGCUGUUUCUGCACCACAACCGCCUUUGGUCUCUUCAAUUGUCGCUUCCCCUAGCGCUUCCACCGCUGUUCGCUGCCCGCAUCCUGUCAAUCCGUUCGCACCUCGCGAACCAUUGGCUUCAAACGACACCAAUAUUGCGGCGACACAAGUCUCCUCUUCCACGGCCAACAAAGGCUCAAGCAAGCCAUCUACCACAGCGAAGCCAGCCACUCGACCUUCUUCGGUUGUGACAAGCAAUACGACCAUCAUUUCGAAGUGGGCUGACGGCCAAUCAUCUCGUCCUCUUCCACGUCCUAUUGCUCCUGUGGUCCGUCCUUCAUCGCCGAUCAUUGGUGAUCGGAAGGUGUUUGGUCGCAUCUCGAAGGCAGCUGCCGAGGGCGACAAAUACGAACCUCCUCCGCCACGAUCCAAGCGCAAUGCAAACAUCAAGUCUCGAUCUGAGCGAUAUGAGCCUGAGGGCUUGCAGUGGUUGCUGGCGGAUAUUGCCGAGGGCAAACAGAAGAAUCCUGCUGCAGAUGGUGGUGAAGAAGAGUUGUGA